UUUAACGUUACCAACACGCAUUAAAUUCCGCUCUCAUUCCGCGACGCAGCGCAUCUACGGAAACUGCUGCAGCAGCGCUUAACGACUUGAACCUUUUUCUUCUUCACCUUACAAGUGACAAGUGUUUAUUCUUUUUUUUUUCUCUGUUCCUAACCCAUGGCGAACUACAUCCAUGUCCCUGUCGGUGCGCCUGCCGUGCCUAAACUGGACGUGACCGUGGACGAACACGACUACAGACCCGGAGCGCUGCAGAUCAUCAAGGCGCUCAGACCUCAGUGGAAACCUACUGAGGUCAAAAUGAAGACUUUCACAGACGGCAUUACCAACAAGCUGAUUGGCUGCUACGUGGGUGGGGCGCUGGAGGACGUGGUGCUGGUGCGUGUCUACGGCAACAAAACUGAGCUCUUCGUAGACCGUGACAAUGAGGUGAAGAGCUUUCGAGUGCUGCAGGCGCACCGUUGUGCCCCGCGUCUAUACUGCACCUUUAACAACGGCCUCUGCUAUGAGUUCCUGGAGGGCGUGGCCCUGGAGCCCGAGCACAUCCGCAACCCCGCCAUAUUCAGGCUCAUUGCAAGGCAGAUGGCAAAGUACCACGUAAUCCACGCACACAAUGGCUGGGUUCCCCGGUCUGAUCUCUGGCACAAGAUGGGCAAGUACUUCUCCCUCGUCCCCACCCACUUCAAGGAUCCAGAAAAGAACCAGAGGCUGAGCAGCCAGGUGCCCAGUACGUCGUGUUUGAGAGAGGAGCUGCUGUGGCUCCAGCAGAGCCUCUCCAAGCUCGGCUCGCCCGUCGUUCUCUGUCACAACGACCUGCUGUGUAAGAACAUCAUCUACCAACAGGCAGGAGGACAUGUCAAAUUUAUUGACUACGAAUAUGCUGGGUACAAUUACCAAGCCUAUGACAUUGGGAACCACUUCAAUGAAUUUGCAGGUCUGAACGAGGUGGACUACAGCAUGUAUCCCGAGCGUAGCCUCCAGCUGCAGUGGCUGCGAGCGUACUUGGAGGCCUACAAGGAUUACAAAGAUCAAGGCACUGAGGUGUCUGAGGCUGAGGUGGAGGUCCUGUACGUCCAGGUGAACCGCUUCGCCCUGGCAUCACAUUACUUCUGGGGCCUGUGGGCAUUGAUUCAGGCUCAGUACUCCACCAUUGACUUUGACUUCUUGGGAUAUGCUAUUCUUCGCUUUAACCAGUACUUCAAGAUGAAACCCGAGGUGACGGCGCUGAACUUUCCGGAAUAGUGCUCGGUUCUGCUGGUUUUGUUCUCUCCGUGGUGGAUACGGGCAGCACAAGCAGAGCUCGUCGGUCUGUGGGUUUAACGCUGAGAUUACUAGAUUUAAUGCUAGAAAAAGAAAAACCAGUGAAAAAAACAUCUCUCUGUUCAGCACCUCCCUUUUAGUCUGUUUUAUAUGUCAAGAGCCAUUACGAAGUGUCCUACAUGCUAGGGGUUGACGUUGACCCCACAGAACACGGGAUGACAUCUGUAGAUGUUCUGCGAUAUGCGGUCGACCUGGUGCAUCGAAAAGGGGAUUAGGACCAAGAAGAAAAAAAAAACAAUCAAGGCCUCAUUGUUCCAUCACUGACUGUGUGCUUCAAAAUGUGUGUGUCUGUGCGAGUGUGUGUUAACAUCCCAGACCCAGAGACUCGGUAGUUGAUCUGUCAUUCCUGUUUGUUUACAGUGAAUAUGAGUUGUUGCAGGUUACAGGUUUACUGCUCCCAACUGCUAGCUUUAGAGCUUACGGAUUUCCGCUUCUAGUCUUACUUAACCCCCUCCCACCUCCCCCCACCUCAUGUCAUUGUGAGCCACUUUGCUGCAUUCAGAAUUUGGUU